CCACACUUGCCUCCCGUGCCCACGGCCUGCCGUAAUUGCAACAGAACUGAAAUAUGGUUUAUAAUAUCUGCCAGUAAAAUUACCUUAUUCAUAUCUCUUUUAUGUCAUUAGUAGAAGAGCUAUGACACGGAUGUCAUUUUACUGACUGAGAUUAAAAAUCUGAAUAGAAAUGAGCAUCCAUAUAAUGUUACAAUUUUGGUAGUGCUGGGUCAUUUGAGGGAUUUGUCGGUUUAUGUUGCUGGGGACGCCGCCAGCCAAGAGCUACGAGGUCCCGGAGACGCCGCAGCAGAACUUCGACAACACACAGUUCAGCACUCAGUUCAACAACGUCGUCUCUGUGAGCAACCAGCAGCAACCACAAACACCGCAAACACCGAAGCCUUUCAACAACGGAAACUUGACUGAAAUUAAACAAGAUCAGACAUCUGAAAUGGAUACAUCAGGCAGCGGCGAGCAGCAACAAGUGUCUAUGGAGGAGGACGCCGCCUCCAGGCCCCACUGGAUGAAACCCAAGCUGCAGGGAGUUCGCAAGAUCUCGAACAAGGAGCGUCGUCGGCGGCAGAACGAGACGCUGCGGCGGCUGCUGUCGCCCAAGAACGCGCUCAUGACGCUCAACGAGAUAUACAAGUGUGAGAAUACCUUCUCCGUAGAGCCAGUGCCGGCGGUUGGACAGUUCUACAAGCCGAACGCCACUAACUUCUGUGCCUCGCUCAACCUCCAGCACAACACAUACAAGGGAUAUGGCGAGACGAAGAUGGCGGCGCGUCUGGCGGCGGCGGAGCAGGCGGUGCGCGACGUGCUGCUGCAGAAGAUGAACGCGCAGGCUGAUGGUGAGUCUAAAGGUCCAGCCCCUGCGCCGGCCGCGGAGGGAGCUAGCGAGGAGGAGCUGCCGCUGCCGAUGAUCCAGCUGGCGUCGUUCGCGCUGCACAAGCUGUUCGCCGACUGGGAGUGCCAGGGCUUCCGCGUGCCGCAGCUUAAAGCGCCGCUGCUGCCGGCGUCUGAUUCGAUGUCGGAGUCGGGCAGCCUGCCGCCCGUGCCGCGCGUGCCCCGCCCCCCCAAGACGGCCGCGGACCUGCCCGCUAACGCCGCCAGCAUGCACCCCUGCACGCUGCUCACACAGAUGCGUCCCGGUCUGACGUACCGCGAGUGCGCGGCCGCCACGCAGCCGCCCAACACCGAGUUCACCAUGGAGGUGGAGGUCGACGGUCAGAGCUUCACUGGCACAGCGACGAGCAAGCGCGACGCGCGCAAGGCGGCGGCGCGCGCGGCGUGCCAGGAGGUAUUCGGCGUGCGCUUCACUGACGACGGGCAGUAGGCGCGAGUGUGGGAGUGAUUGAUGUAGUGUGUUGUAGGGUCUAGUGAACAAUAUACAGUUGAAGAUGUAGCUGCGCGACGAAAACUAAAGGGCUUAUUCCAUCUUACUAAAUUUAGUCGUCCUAACUGGGAUUGGGAUGGGAACACUAAUUAGAAGCUUCUGAUUCCACCAAUCAGAAGCCACACUUCUUCCGAUUUAGUACGCUAAUUACUCUAAUUAUUAGGAUCCUAACUUUCUAAAUGCCAUUUCACUUGACUAAAUUUAGUUACUGAAUCAAUUUAGGUGGAAUAAGCUCUUUAUUUAAUUGUAAAUUACUGUUAGUGUAAGUACUCACAUACGGUUU